CUACACUCGCAGGGGCAUGGCAGUACAAGAGCUUGCCCCCGCAGUGAAGGAGCUGCAGCUUGUAGAGCCUGCACCUCGUCCACGAGUUCCCUAUCCCCUCCUAGACCAUCAAGUCUAUCAGCAGACGGGAGGCAAUGAGGCGUUUGUGGUCCGUCCCGCCACAGUCCAUUUUGGCGGCUUUACACCAAACAACUCGCAUAGCCUUGUGGUGGCGGUGGUCAACACAUCGUCAGUUCCGCAGCGGCUGCACAUCGUCCCGCCGCAGUCUGCGUACUUUUCGCUGACUUACGUCAAGAAGGCGCCGUUCAUCGCUCCUGGCAUGGCACUCAAGCUCAGGGUCUCGUUCCAGCCGACCGAGUUGCGCUACUACUACGACUGCAUCCGGCUUCACUGCCCUGGCGCCAACCUCCUUGUCCCCAUCCACGGCUACCCAGUGGUGGCCAAAGUCGAGUUUCCCAAGGUUGUCGACUUUGGCAUUGUUGAGCUCGGCAAUCACGCGUCGCGCUCGUUCCAGCUUGCCACCGACGUGCCGAUCGAGUUUGACUACGCCAUUACGCCGGCUGGCGGCGUCCCGCUCUCGCCAUGCUUUGAUGUCUCGCCGGCCAGCGGAGUCAUCCCUGCAGAGGGCUCUGUCACCGUCACCAUCACAUACACUCCGCUCGAGUACGUGACUGCGUCGGCGCAACUUGAGCUCAACGUCUCGCAGUUCAACUUUGAGCCGCGCCGCUGCUCAUUGGCCGGCUCGUCGCAGCCAGGCCUUCUGCGCGACGCGCUCGUUCGCCGCAUGAACGCUGCUGCCGAGGAGCGGACCGCGGUCCUUGCCGAGGAUCUCAAGCGGGUGACCUACGGCGGCGCCGCAGUAGUUGUUACCCAAGCUGUCGACUCGUACGAUACCAACGUCAAGAUUGUCCACUCGGGCGGCGGCGCCGGCCACGGUGACCCGUACACCCGAAAGCUUCAGCGCAAGGCCUCAAUGCGGAGGCGGACACUGCGUGCUGCCGGUGUUGAUCCGCGGAGUCAUGAGCCAGCUGGAAGCGGGAGCGAACCCGGGCGCGCUCGCGGACCCAUUGCUGUGCACACCAGCGAUGCCGAAGAGCUGGAGCGUCUCUCGUCGCACGGCAAUGUGGUAGCUAUCCUCGCCCAGCGUGGACGUGGCCGCUCGCGCUCUAAGACUCUUCGCACUGCCAUCGCGGAGAAACAUGAGGCACAGGCGCGGGCCUCGCAGUUCAAGUCGUCGCUCGACGAGCUCUUUGCCGACCCCUUUGAGUCGCGCCAGGUCAAGGAGUAUGCUUUCUCCGAAGUGCUUACCGAGCAAGCCGCCAUCCGCCGCGCCAACGAGCUCAAACUCUCGGUUGCCCGUGGCGCAAACCUGCCAUCAGACGCCGAACUCGCGCGCAUUGUGGAGCUCCGGGACGCCCACGACGAACAGGUAGCUGAUGUGGAGACCGAGCGCGCGCUCGCGGCCCGUAUCCCUUGGUCGUCGUCGGAGCGGCCCACGCUAACUCAGGCCGGCCUCCCGUUUGCGGUGCGGAAUCCCAAGUUUGAUGCGCUCAUGUCAGUCGAGUGGGAGCGCCGUGUCCGCGCACUCACCCGCCUCCGUGACGUGGUGCGAACGCUCAUUGUCCGAGCGCGCGCCAACAAGCGGCUGGCCAAGAUUCGCGCCUUUCUCACUGUCGUCGGCUUUGACAAAGACAAGAUCGCUGCUAUUGUCCAGGACGAGAAGCGCCAGCAAGAGGCUGCGCUCGUCGCCCAUCAGCAAAAGGCCGAGACGCUGCCGCUGACAGCUCGCGCCUCCCAGGUUCUUGUCGACCCGCACAAGCUGCAGGCCCAUGUCUACGUCGAGGUCAACCACUACCGGCCGUAUCCGCUGCCGCAGCACUCGGUCUGGGUGCCGUUUGAGGAGGAACGCGAACUGCGGACAGGCGCCGAAGAAGAGGACAUCUCGCGGUCGGUACCGGCUGAUGCAGUCGUGCGCUCGGCUGACGCUGGCCGCGUUUGGCGCGAGUCGGACACUGUUGCGCCGGCCCUGCCCGAGCCGCUUCCGGCGGUCCUUCGCGCACCGCCGCUUCUGCCAGAGCUACACAUCUUCAAUCCCGCGCCGCAACUUCCGAGCUGCGUUCCGCUCGUUCCCUACUCGGAGGUCGACGACGCGCACCUUUUCCGGCCGCGGGCGCUUGACGCCGGAGGCCUUGCCGCCUCGCGCAACCGCAUCGAGGCGUCGCUCGCGCACGCCAAAGCCUUUUCCAAGCCGUCCCAACACCUUGUGCCGCGAACGGGUGCACCGUUUGCCGUUCCUUCGCCGCCACCGCCGCUGGUCUCAGCUACGGACCUCGGCGAGCGCUCCGGGCCCGGCAGCCACAGCUGCGGCGAAUCGCGCGGCGAGGCUGGCAUGUUCUCGGCCGCGGAUCUCGACCGCGAGGCAGCAGCUGCAGUGAGUGACGUUGACGUCGGCCUGCCCAUCCCGUCCAAAGCGCUGCUCAAGGUCGAGUUUCCGCCUGUGGCGGCUGCAGCGGCCAGCGCUGUGCGGCUCUCCGUUGUUGAGCGGCAGCUCGAGGUUGAGGCGCAGACCGUCCGCCGCAACCGGCUCGAUGGCAUGCAAGGCCGGCUGGCGCGGCUCUCGUCGCUCUUUGUCUCGCAUGACGUGAAGCGGCUGCUCUCAGCCUCGGCCGGAGCAAGCAGCGCACAGUCGGAGUAA